UUAUUUAGGACAGGAUGUCAAGUUUCGUUUCCACCUAGUGAUUGUUAUAACUGUCAUUUGGUCGUUUUAUUGCAUUAAACAUUGGUAGCAGUGUGCAAUAUACGAAACGACGAUGACGAGGAAAGCCAACACACCUAAGUUCUGUGGUGAGAACUAUAAGCAAUACAAGAAACUCGUCCAACUGUGGGAGAAAGUCACCGACAUCUCAGAAGAUGAUAGAGGAGCCGCCCUUGUUCUUAACAUGUCCGGAAGUGCCUUAGACAUUGCAUUGGCAAUUGAUAGCACCAAAACAAAGGUUAGCGACCUGAUCGCCAUUCUUGACGGAGUGUAUGUUGAAGAGAACAAUCUAUCGUUGAAAUUCGAUGAAUUUGAUCAGAUGAAGAGGGAAAAAGACAAGAAUAUAAAGGAAUUCAUCCAUGUGUAUGAGCAAAAGCUCAAUGAGCUGAAGGCCGAGAAACUUGUACUCCCUGAUCUCGUUGUGGCGAAUAAGCUUUUAACAGCAGCUAACCUAUCCCCUAAUCGGUACCUUCUGGCUAAAUCGACAUGUCAGACUAUGUCCCUUGCAGAAGCAAAAGCUGCCUUAUUAAGAGUAUCUGAUAACGGGCCAAGCCAAGCUCAAGCAACCAAUAACCUCAUCAAGGUAAAGCAAGAAGUUCUGGAAAGUGAUGAUGCAAUUUUCUAUAAUGGAGAGAAUAGUAGUUAUGAAGAAGAUGAGAUUUAUUUUCAAAGUGGGAACCGCUUUAGGCGCAAUCCUUAUAAUAACAAAAACCAGGGAAAUAAAAGACCUCAGUGUUAUGGCUGCGGUGAUACAUCCCAUUGGCUAAGAGACUGCCCAAAGAACAAACAAAGGUAUCAGAACUCCAACAGAAAUGAUGUUAACAGACAGUGUUACGGGUGUGGAGACAGAACACACUGGAUAAAAGAUUGUCCAUUUAUCCGUGAUAUCCAAAGUCUUAUCAGAAACCGCAACACGAUCCCCAAUCAGCAGGGUAGACAGACAUACUUUUCAGAAGAAAAUGAUGAACAAGGAUCGCAUUUUAACGAUUCAGACAAGCAAAAUCAUGACCUCCCCGAGAAACCCAUAUUUUUCCAAUCUAAUGUUGGCAAUGAGCUAGAAGAAAUAUGGCUAGUUGGAGAAACGGUCAACAAGGCCGUCCUAGACUCAGGUGCUUGCAAAACUGUAUGCGGAAAAGAAUGGUUCACAUGUUAUGUUGAUAGUCUAAAUCAGAAAGUUCGUGAUGAAAUGAAAGAAUUCCAUUCACAGACUAUAUUCAAAUUCGGAGUUGGAAAACUCAAGGCAAUGAAAAUGGUUCAUCUGCCAGUAGAAAUGUGUGGAGAAAAGAUAAUCCUUGAAGUUCAUGUUGUUGACACCGAUAUUCCACUGCUUCUUUCAUUGAAGACUAUGAAAAACCUAGGACUAAGGAUCAACUUUGAAAAAGAUCAAGUAGAAAUCAAUGGUAAAUUAUUUGAACUUGAAAUGACUUCUACAGGACACUAUACACUCCCACUGAUUAAGAGUUUCACAUUCUGCUCUGAAGCAUGCGUUAUCAAUACUGUUGAUUCAUGUAACAUGUCCCCACCAGAAGAUACUAAGAAGAAGGCCCUUAAACUACACAGGAGAUUUGCCCAUGCUAGAAGUGAGAGAAUCAUAAACUUGUUGGAUCAUGCUGGUAAAAGAGAUACAGCUUUGGAAACUGAACUAAGGCUUCUUGAUAAAUCGUGUGAAUUUUGCUUAAAACAUAGGCGCGCUGCCCCAAAACCAGUGGUUUCUUUACCCCUUGCAACUGAAUUCAAUGAACUUGUCUCAAUGGAUCUUAAGCUGAUUCGAGGUGUUUGGGUUUUACACUGUGUUGAUUACCUUACUAGAUUUUCAGCAGUACACCCACUCAAAUCAAAAACUGCAAAAGAAGUUAUGGAAAAGUUCAUGUUGAUUUGGAUCUCCUUUUUUGGACCACCAAAAAAGAUACUGAGCGACAACGGAGGUGAGUUUAACAGCCAUAGCUGGGAUGCUUUCUGUGAGGCAUUCAAUGUGUUACACAAAACUACAGCUGCUGAAGCUCCAUUCUCAAAUGGUAUUUGUGAGCGUCACAACGCACUAGUAGGAGAAAUGACUGAAAAGAUCAUUGAUGAUGUUAAAUGCUCGAUUCAUAUUGCCUUGAUGUGGGCAGUUCAUGCAAAAAACUCUUUGAUCAACAUUUUCGGAUUCUCACCAUACCAACUCGUAUUAGGUCGAAAUCCUAAUAUACCAGGGAACUCUGCCAACAAACUUCCAGCUUUAUCAGACCAAUCAGCAUCUCAACUUGUAGCUGAUCAUCUUAACAGCCUUCGAAUUUCAAGACAGGCAUAUAUUGAAGCAGAGUAUUCUAAUCGGGUUGCAAGAGCCCUGAGAGGCAAAGUUUUUACCGGAACCCACCAAAGGUUUUGUGUUGGGGACACAGUUUACUACAAACGCCUUGACCAAAAAUCAUGGCAUGGUCCAGGUAAAGUGAUCACCCAAGAUGGAACUCAGGUUUUGAUUAAAACUGGCUCAGGAACACUCAUCAAAGUACACCCAUGUAAGGUUAUCCUUAAAGAAGACGGGGAAACCCAAAUUAACUCUAAACCAAUGACUCAAACGAAACCAGAAAGUCAUGUUAGUAAAAGAAGUAAUUUAUCAGAAUCAGAGAGUGAUGAUGACGAUUCAGAGGAGGAAAGCAAUGACCCUGUUGCUACCACACAAUACAACAAUGAAGCAGCAGACAAUUCUACUGUAGGCUCAGAACUUCUAACAGUAGAAGAAAACGACAGAGUAGAGCAUAUUCCCCAACAAAAACCACAAGUUGUUCGACCUGGUGAUAGGAUCUAUGUCUGCCAAGGAUCAAAUGUCGACCAAAACAAGUGGAAUGCCAUGACUGUUGUUAGAAGAGGAGGAAAAUCAACCGGAAAGUUCUCUAAUUACUGGAACAUGGUAGAUGUGAGUACUGGGGAAACAAAAGGUGUUGAUCUCGAUAUGAUGAAUUGGAUUAAAGAAGACAAAGCAGGAGCUGAAUCACGGUGUUUUUCUGAGCAGAUAUAUUAUGAAGUGUAUGUGCAGCACAAUGAAACCAACUCAGAUCUUUAUUUAGAUGCAAAAAGUGAAGAACUAGAGAAAUGGAAGGAAUUCAAAGUCUUUGAUGAAGUAAGAAGAAUGGACUUUCCUGAGGAAGAUGUAUUGUCCAGUCGUUGGGUCACGGAAACAAAAAACAAAAAUGGCAAUCAGAUCUAUAAAGCACGGCUUGUUAUCCGCGGCUUUGAAGAACACAAUGCACCCCCAUCAGACUCACCAACAGCUCAAAAGAGUCUAGCCAGGAUGUGUCUUUCUAUAUGCAACUGGAAGAAAUGGGACAUCCAAUCAAUUGAUGUGCGAGCAGCGUUUCUUCAGUCAAAUGACUUAGAGAGAACAGUGCUAAUGAAACCACCCAAGGAAUUUAGGGUGAGUGAUGACGUAGUAUGGAAAAUCAAAAAGCCUGUUUAUGGACUGAACGAUGGAGCUAGACAGUGGUUCAUCACAAUGAAGACUAAACUAGCAAGUUAUGGUUGCAAAUCCUUAAAACUUGAUCCUUCUGUAUAUGUUUACCACCAUAAUAGAGAAAUCAGUGGCUUCCUUGUGAUUCAUGUCGAUGAUAUCCUAGUGGGAGGAAAUGCUGAUUUUCAUCAGAAUGUGGUAAAAGCCCUAUGCUCUGACUUUCAACUUAGUACAAAGAAGAGCAAAGAGUUUAGAUAUAUAGGUUGGGAUAUCAGUCAGAAAGAAGACCAAAUACAAGUCGACCAAAUAUCAUACCAAGAAGGUAUUGUUCCUAUCGAGUUAAACUCUGCCCGAAAAACCCAGUCGGAUCAUGAAUUGAAUGAACCAGAGAAGAAAAAAUAUCAACAAUUAUUAGGGAAACUGCAAUGGAUUUCGUGUCAAUCCAGACCUGAUAUCCGAUUUUUGGUAUUGGAAUGCAGCCUAAUGGCAAGUAAACCCGUUGUCAGUGAUGUUAUCCAGUUAAACAAUGUUGUAAAAAGACUAAAAAAGCACACUCUAAGAGUAUCUUUUUCGAUCCCACCCUGUAACGUUGAAGAUCUCAGGAUAGUAGCAUUUUCAGAUGCUGCAUUAAGCAACCUUCCUGACAAAACUUCAAGUACACGGAGCUAUAUCAUCUUUAUCAACUGUGGUGAUGCAUAUUCUCCGCUAUCAUGGUGUAGUAAAAAACUGGAGAGAGUUGCAAAGACCAUCAUAUACGCUGAGGGUAUUGCCUUAGGAAAAUGCCUGGAUGAAGCUGUCAAUCUAAGAGAAACUAUGAUGGAUGUCUUAAAUCUAAGGAAUAACGAAAACAAAGACAAUAUGUUACCAAUCAUUGGAGUAACUGAUAGCAAAUCACUCUGGGAUAAUAUUCAAUCAUCGUCUUUGGCUGCAGAUCUCAAACUAAGACGAGAGGUAGCAUCGAUAAAAGAACAAAUGACCCUUAGAGAAGUUUAUGGAAUUGUCUGGACACGCACAGAACUACAGCUAGCGGACUGCUUGACCAAAAAGACAGCUUCCCCCGAAACUUUACUGCACGUUCUGAGGACUGGAUCUUACAGUUUUGACCUGGAAAGCAAUUGCGUUGUGUCAUCAGACCUCAUUGGUUGUCAAAGCACAAGCAGAUAGUGUGUUCAUUUAUUGUCUAGCCGGCUGAAGUGGUGGGGUUUAUUCUUGUGCCAUAAGGACUGGACUGUUAUGGGCAAUGAAAUACCUUUAUUUCGAAUUCUUAUUGGUGUCAUUACACGAGGACUUGUUGUAUUGAGGUGGGAAGAGUGAUUAAGGCUAUCUGAGGAUGAGGUGUACCUGGUAUGACAUCAGUUUUCCUAUGAGAUAUAGUUGUUUAUUGCUCUGAAUAUUCUGGUGUUUGGGCAUAUGUUUUAACCCCUUCCGAUUUCACGUCUGUGUGAGCUAUAUUAAUUUACCGUUUCUCCUUAUCAUUUUAUACUUUUAUACUUGAGUGUGCAUGUCAGUUAUAUUUCACUUGAUCUUAUAACUUAAGAUAUUUGCCAGAUGUUAUGGGCUGGUUUUUAUAUAUUUUUAAAGAUUUUUAAUUUUAACAAUCACUAAUCCUCUGGGUUAAACUUUUACAUCCUUCUUAAAUUAUUAGUUUGUUUGGCGGGAGAUUGUUAUAUCAUUAUUUAUAACAAUGCUCUUAUUUAGGACAGGAUGUCAAGUUUCG